AGUGGAGAGGAGAGAGGACAGUUCAUUUUCAGCAGUGGCCAACGGGUUUCAGCGCCACUCAAAAUGAAAAAUUAAAACCCGAAAUCUUCCACGAAUCUGCGUCCAAUUGACAAUCCACAAAAUGCCAUUCCCAUUCGUCUCCGUCAUCAUCCAUGUUUCGUAAAGUUUCGCCAUAUUGUUCCUCAAGGCAUAGGCCAAUCAGCUUCGCCUACCUGGGUUCCACAAUCGCGCUUCAACGGUGGUUGAUGGGUUUCUUUCUGUAAUUCUAUUGCCGUCACUAAAAGCUCAAAGCUUUGUACCUAAGCAACACUCUCCAGAGUUCUGGUUGUUUGCUUACAGCAUUGCAUUGUGAAGAAACCCAGAAGCCAAAAACGCAGUGAAAAUGCCGGGGUUGAUAGCUCCAUCUGAUUAUUCCCAAGAGCCACCCCGUCAUCCUUCCCUGAAAAUCAAUUCCAAGGAGCCUUUCAACGCAGAGCCACGUCGUUCUGCCUUGACUCAAUCUUAUAUAACUCCUGUGGAUUUCUUUUACAAGAGAAAUCAUGGGCCAGUCCCAAUUGUUGAUGAUCUGGAAAGAUAUUGUGUUGACAUAUGUGGUUUAAUUGAAAAUCCAAAAAAGCUUUAUAUGAGAGACAUCUGGAUGUUAGCAAAAUAUAGUGUCACUGCCACUUUACAGUGUGCAGGAAAUAGAAGGACUGCUAUGAGCAAAACCAGAAAAGUGAGAGGUGUUGGUUGGGAUGUUGCUGCUUUAGGAAAUGCUGUUUGGACUGGAGCCAAAUUAGCUGAUGUUCUUGAACUUGUUGGAAUACCAAAGUUGACAAGUACCACUCAGAUGGGUGGAAAACAUGUUGAGUUUGUGAGCAUUGAUAAAUGUAAGGAGGAGAAGGGGGGGCCAUACAAGGCGUCAAUUCCACUUGGUCAGGCCACAAACCCUGAAGCUGAUGUUUUACUUGCUUAUGAGAUGAAUGGAGAGCCUCUUAACAGGGAUCAUGGUUAUCCGUUGCGAGUAGUUGUCCCUGGUGUUAUUGGUGCUCGUUCUGUCAAAUGGCUGGAUUCUAUAAAUAUACUUGCUGAAGAAUGCCAGGGCUUCUUUAUGCAAAGGGACUACAAGAUGUUUCCACCAUCAGUGGAUUGGGAUAAUAUCAAUUGGUCUACCAGAAGACCACAAAUGGAUUUUCCUGUUCAGUCUGCAAUUUGUUCUUUAGAAGAUGUACAGGCAACAAAGCCUGGAAAGGUAAAGGUUCGUGGAUAUGCAGUUUCUGGAGGUGGCCGUGGAAUUGAGAGAGUAGACGUGUCUGUUGAUGGUGGCAAAACCUGGGUUGAAGCCUCAAGAUUCCAAAAACCUGGCAUCCCUUAUGUAGUAGAUGAUAUACACAGUGACAAAUGGGCAUGGGUGCUUUUUGAGGUCAUAGUUGAUAUCAUAAACAGUACGGAGAUUGUUGCCAAAGCGGUAUAUUGCCUGUCGUUUCAAUUAAGAAAAAAAUGGAAGUUGCUUAUUACAAUCCAAGUUCACAUCUUUUUAACCUAAAACGGACUUUUAGCAGUCUUAUGGAACCAUUUCUUGAGUAUUUCAUUGUAGAAACUCUCAACAGUUAGCAAUUCUAAACUCUUUCAAUUUUAUUUAUUUAUUUUUUUUAAUCUUCUUAGUUUAAAAUUUUGGUUCAUUAUGACAAAAAUCUACGUUUUCCAUGUUCCUCAUUUUGUACUUACAAUGUCUCUCAUUUUGAAUUGAUGGUAGGUGGAUAUAGCAGCAAAUGUUCAACCCGAAAAGGUGGAAGACAUUUGGAACCUAAGAGGGAUACUAAACACUUCGUGGCACCGGGUUCAAGUUCGCGUGGGUCACUCAAAUAUGUAGAUGAAACUUGAUGAGCAGUUGAAUAACUUCAGGAGUAACUUCAAACAUGUUGAUGGCUUUUGCUACCAUGUUCUUUGUGCAAAAAGAAAGUUGCUUAACUUUCUUUAGCAAUGAGUUGUUUAAAACAUUUUGUUAAUUUCCCUGAAUUGAUGUGAAUUCCUGGUCCCCUGGCUUUGAAUAAACCAUCAUUGUUUUUUUGAUACUUUUGAUGAAUGAUGAUGGUGCUUUUCCUAAAUUCUUUUUCAUUCAUUGUAAGAUUUGAACUUUAAUACAUCUAACUUAGAGUC